GUUCCCAGUACUUCCUGGGAACUCUGGAGCAAACCAGGGCGGAAAGCCUGAGCUCGCUGGCUGAGAGGACUACAGAUGACACAGGCAGGUCUAGUCUGCAUUCAUCUCCUACCAGGCGCACAGUUUUCUUUCAAGUUCUCAGUGAAACAGCCUAGGUUAUAUUUGCAGGCUGGUUAACCUGUGCUACAGAAAUAAGAGCAAACCCCUUGAGAGCUGAGCAACAGUAACUGGCCAUUUUUUCUGCUCACACAGGCAAAAUGAACAUUCAAGAGUAUUUUACAAGAAUUUCUUACAAGGAGUGCCAUAAGGACACAGACUUGCAAACCUUAAUAGACAUCUUCCAACAUCACAUCCAGGCAAUUCCUUUUGAAAAUCUCAGCAUGCAUUGUGGGGAGACCAUUGAACUGGAUUUACAAGCUACUUACAACAAGAUUGUGAAGAAGAAACGUGGGGGAUGGUGCCUGGAAAUCAACCACCUUUUAUUUUGGGCCCUGAAAGAAUUAGGGUAUGAAGUCUGCAUUCUUGGAGGAAGGAGUUAUGACCCAGCAAAGAAGGCAUACACUGCUCAGAUCGAUCAUAUGCUUCUGAAGGUGGUGAUUGAGGGUACUUCCUAUUUAGUAGAUGCUGGUUUUGGGGGUGCCUACCAGGCAUGGCAGCCACUGGUGUUGGUUUCUGGGAAGGAUCAACCCCAGACCCCUGGAAUCUUCCGCUUCAUGGAAGACAACGGGACCUGGUACUUUGAGAAAGUCAAAAGGAAGCAUUAUAUUUCUGAGCAAAGUGUCCCUCCCACUGAUACCCCAGAACUGGGGAAUAUCAGAAAAAUUUAUACCUUCACUCUUGAGCCACUACAUGUAAAUGACUUUCAGGAGCUAAAUGGAUACUUACAAGUCUGCCCAGAUAACAUCCUUCAGAAGAAGUCAAUCUGCAGCCUCCAGACCACUGAAGGGGUUUAUGCCUUGGUUGGAUGGACCUUCACUGAGAUGAAGUACAGGUACAAGGAAGAUAUGGACCUGGUGCAGAUCACAACUCUCACAGAUGAAGAGGUUGAGAAGACACUGAAAGACAAAUUCAAUAUAGUGCUGGAGAACAAACUCAUUCCCGUGAACGUUCGUGGCUUGCCACCUAAUCUAGUGGAUAAAAUCUCAUUUUAAAUGCUGUGCUAGAUGGAUCUUUAAAUAUCCAAUAUAAAAAAGUUGUAAAAUCAACUUUAGUAACGUUAAUCUGAUUCUAAAGUUGAGGUAGUGAGAUGAACACAAAGCUUAGCAAACGCAAGGACAUUGCUAAUUAACUACAUAUACAGAUUGCAUAUUUUUUCUGAAGCUUCUCCUUUAUAAACUGAGACAUCUUACUAGCUCUAAUUUGCCUGUAUGGAAAUUGCUUUUUUACUCCAUAACAUUUUGUUCCACCUCUCUGAUUCUCAUUUUAUUUCAGAUAUAUCUUGUGGCAAAGGAGACCAAAAUAAUACAUGAAGAGAAGCUGUGUUACCAUUUUACACAAAAGACCUCUGACCUUUUUUGGUAUUAUUUCCAAUCUUUUUCUCAGCAGAGUUUUACAAACUAUUCACUUCCUUUAACAGUCUGAAAUAGAAAAAUGAGCUGAAUUUGGCUUUCAAAAGCUUCAAAAAAAAAAAAAAAAAAGAAAGGUUAAGACUUUCUCAAAACAAGCCACUAUUAGGUGCUGAUUAGCUUAUAAUGAAAUAAGUUGAAAGACUUGAGUCCUAUUCCCUAACCAGAAAUUCAAUUGAAGUUAACUAUUUAUGCAAGGGCACUUAAAAAAAAACCCCAAAAUCUCUAAUUUGCACUGCCCAGUUUUCCCAAGUCUGAUUUUUCUGGGUGACUGAAGUGGAACCGAAAUCAGUAGAAGCUGAGAUGAUUCAACAGUUCUUAAAAAUCAUGCUUUUGGUAUUAAAAAUUGGAAACAAUCAAAGUUAGAUCAAACUAUAACCUAAACUUUUGGGUCCUGACCUUCAUGCGGUGCCAAGCAGGCAUGACAGGAUAAAAUUUCCUAUUAAUUACAAACAGGAUUCUGCACAAAAGCUACCUUAAAUAAGUAAUAUCACAGAUGUGAAAGAAAAUUAGGGAAAUUAGGACAUGCCCCCUGUUUCACAGCAUGUUGUACAUAGCACAAAAGCCUUUUACCUUUAUGAUACCUGUGGCAGGUACUGAACAGGAUGUGUUGUGAAAGAGGACAAUGGAAGAGCAUCAGUUCUCAGCCAAGGAAAAAUCUUUGAGCCAGCCAUAGGUGCACCUGAUGUGCCUAAACCUCAGGUCCCUUGCCAGACACAGUCUGAUGAGCUCUUUGCCUUCCCAAAAACUGACUUUUCACCUCCCCCAGAUGCAAAGGAGACAGGGAGAGAAUUAAAUUAAGAGCUCAGCAACACUUUGAAGAUGCAGGAAGCCACGUUUUAGAAAGGAAAUGCUUUGCUUUGUACAAAUACAUAUUUAUCAUAGCAUUUGUUAGCUCUGGGUAGUUCCUUGCUGCAGUGGAAGCUUUGAACACAUUGAAAAAGUUCCUUUGUGAGCAAAUAAGGGUCAUUUUGUGCACCUGCAGAGCCUGGAAAAUGCAGUCUGCAAUACCUUGGCAAUUCAGUUCACCCACAAGGAAGCAGAUGACUAUCACACAGAAUCACAGGAUUGGCUGGGUUGGAAGGGACCUCAGAGAUCAAGUCCAACCCUUGAACC